GAAGCGGCGCGCGAUGAUUCAAGGCAAUAAAAGUUGUUGCCAGUGUUGUGCGUGAAUGAGUGACAGGAUGAAGAAGAUGAUGAUGAUCAUAUUGAUCUUGUGCUGUGGAUCAGUGUGUGCUGAGGAGAAUCGAUCACUGUUUCCAGUGUUAUCGAUCAGUUAUGAUUAUGUUCAGAUGCCGUUUGAGAUCUCGCUGUGGAUUCUGCUCGCGUCACUCAUGAAACUGGGUUUUCAUCUGAUCCCGCGUCUGUCUGCUGUGGUUCCUGAGAGCUGUCUGUUGAUCGUGGUCGGGCUGCUCGUGGGGGGUUUGAUUCAGGUUUUGGGUGAAGAUCCUCCCUUUCUCGACUCGCAGCUCUUCUUCCUGUGUCUGCUGCCGCCAAUCAUCCUGGAUGCCGGGUACUUCCUGCCGAUCGGUCCGUUCACGGAGAACGUCGGAACCAUUCUGAUGCUGGCCGUGGUGGGGACGCUGUGGAAUGUGUUCUUCGUUGGAGUGGUGCUGUACGGCGUGUGUCGUGUGGCGGGCAGUGGUCUCGCCACGGUCGAUCUGUUGUCCAGUCUGCUGUUCGGAUCCAUCGUGUCGGCCGUGGAUCCCGUCGCCGUUCUCGCCGUGUUCGAGGAGAUUCACAUCAACGAGCUGCUGCACAUCCUGGUGUUCGGAGAGUCUCUGCUGAACGACGCCGUCACUGUGGUCCUGUAUCACUUGUUUGAGGAGUUUGCACACGUGGGUGAGGUGACUCCGGGUGACGUGUUUCUGGGUGUGCUGUGUUUCUUCGUGGUGGCGCUGGGUGGCGUGCUGGUGGGCACCGUGUAUGGUGUGCUGGCGGCUUUCACCUCACGUUUCACAUUGCACACGCGUGUGAUCGAGCCGCUGUUUGUUUUCCUAUACAGUUACAUGGCAUAUCUAUCGGCAGAGCUCUUCCACCUGUCCGGCAUCAUGGCACUCAUUGCGUGUGGCGUGGUGAUGCGGCCGUAUGUGGAGGCCAAUAUUUCCCACAAGUCCUACACCACCAUCAAGUACUUCCUGAAGAUGUGGAGCAGCGUGAGCGAGACUCUGAUCUUCAUCUUUCUUGGCGUGUCGACGGUUGCGGGACCGCACACCUGGAACUGGACGUUUGUGACCGUCACAAUCAUCCUGUGUCUGCUGUCCAGAGUUCUGGGCGUUGUUGGUUUAACGUACAUCAUAAAUAAGUUCCGUAUGGUGAAGUUAAGCGGUAAAGAUCAGUUCAUCGUAGCGUACGGGGGAUUACGAGGUGCGAUUGCGUUCUCUCUGGCGUUUCUGCUGUCCAGUGACAUCUUUCCCAUGAAGGACAUGUUUCUCACAGCCAUCAUCACCGUCAUCUUCUUCACCGUGUUUGUGCAGGGAAUGACCAUUCGACCUCUCGUUGACCUUCUUGCUGUAAAGAAGAAGAAACAGAGUAAAGGUUCAAUAAACGAGGAGAUUCACACUCAGUUUCUGGAACAUUUGCUGACAGGCAUCGAGGACGUGUGUGCCCACUAUGGACAUCAUCACUGGAGAGACAAGUUGAAUCGCUUUAAUAAACGUUACGUGAAGCGUUUGCUGAUCACUGGAGAUCGCUCACAGGAGCCACAGCUCGUCUCUUUUUAUAAUAAGAUGGAACUCAAACAGGCCAUGAUGCUGCUGGAGGUCAACAGUUCAUCCAGUCCGAACACAAACACACCUGCGGCCACAGUACUCAGCAAAAGAAAUCUAAACAUCUCAAAAGAGCGCGAGGAGGAAAUCAGGAAGAUCUUGAGAUCAAACCUGCAGAAAACUCGACAGAGAUUGCGCUCAUACAGUAGACACACACUGUUGGCUGAUCCAGCUGAAGAAGACUGGAGUGAGAUACGUUUGAGAAAACAGCAAGUGCAAAUGGAGAGACGGAUGAGUCACUUUCUGACAGUUCCUGCUAAUCGUCAGGAGUCUCCACCAAUGAGGAGAUCUUGUUUUGAGUCAGAUAAUCAAGGGCACUUGGACAGAGCAAGUAUCCUAGUGAGUGUUCCAGAUUCGGUCUCGCUCCACGAUGAAACUGAACCGACUCGAGACGGCUCCAGACGGAGACAGAAGCCAAGCGUGACAUUCGCUUUGGACAUGGAGGAGCAGAGAAUGUCUCGCUGUCUGAGCGAUCCCGGACCAAACCAACUGAACGAGGAAGAAGAAAUGGAAAUGGACCACGUGUGAAUCACUGAAGAGUGUUUGUUAGAUUUAUAGACAUGUUUUUAUUAAAGACUAUUGAACUAUUAUUUCUGAAGCCGCUCGAGUGAUCUGGUGAAAAUGGCAGACACAUUAUUUUAUUUGAUGUCCAUAUAGGACUCAUUUUGCUGUGGAUCUAGAUACUCGUCUACCUAAAGUGAAUAAACACGAGGACAUGAACAUCUUAUUUUCACUUUCCAUGUUUUUCAGGCUUUUAGUGUUUUCAAAAGUCAUAUUUCAAAUGUUGUUUCAGUGGAAUGAUCAACAGCAAACCAGAUUUUCACAACCAGACUGGAAAUAUUGAACUGUGAUGUGGUUCACUCUCACUGGACCUGGAGUUGUUUUAAAAUAUAUCACAUUCAGUCUCUUCACUUUGCACACAUAUUUAUUCAUCUUUACAUCUUCAUAGUUUCAUUAUACCCUAAAAAACAAAAUAAACUUUGCUUUAAAGUCCCGUUUGUGCAGUCACAGCUGCCUAUUUAGUGUUUGAACAUGAGAAAAAUCAUCGUAACCAGCAAAGUGGCUCCAUCAUCAUGUCGAGUUCUUCAGCUGAAUCUGCUGUAAAAAGUAAAAAGUCUGUCUGUAGUGGGUGUUAAACUGCAGUACUGGAGUCUGUCUGUAGGGGGUGUUAAACUGCAGUACUGGAGGUCACCGCUGGAGGCGCUGCGGUGUUGGUGGCGCAGCUACUGUGUUGUUCAGGGCCUUGUUGCUGCGCAUGUGAAAGCGUUUGAAUACCGCGUGCAGCGUAUGAAAAGCGUAUGAAAAGAUUAUAUUAGUAAAGUUAUAUUAUAAUUGUCGUUUAUCGUCAUAAGAGACUUCAAGGAUCAUUAUAAUAUGUCUCGGUACAUGAGGCCGCCGAACAGCUCACUGUUUAUCCGAAACAUCUCCGACGAGUCCCGACUGUGUAAAGGCAUCCAGUCGUGGAGCCCGGCACAAAGACACAGUUAACAGAGCCUUGUAGAGUAUGACUAAAGACAAGUCAUCGGCAGCACGCCACAAAGAUCGCUACUUACAGAGAGGCAAAAGUGUGAAAAGAAAAGCAAAUUAAAGCUUCAAGAGACAAAGAGGAAAAGAGUCGAUCCGGUUGGCCGAAGUGCUCAGAUUUAUCCAUCAGAGAGAAAGUAAAGACAAAGACAAGCGGCGAAUCCAGGUCUACUUGGUCGCAUUUUAAAGACUUAAAGAUCAAGGUGAAGGUAAAAACACGUAUCCUACAACAUUCCCACGAUUUACACUCAACAGGUGGUUUCACUGAGAGCUGAUGAACGUGAGAACUCCCUGAACAUGCGCUUCAUUGUUCAACAGUGCAUGAGAUGUUGUGUAGUUUAUUGUCAUUAGACCCCUUAACAGCGCAGCACAUUUGAAGAUGUGCGAGAUGCAGAAGACGCCCUGCACAAUCUGGACAGGAAGUGGGUGUGUGGACGGCAAAUCGAGAUCCAGUUUGCUCAAGGAGAUCGAAAGACGCCCGGUCAGAUGAAGUCUAAGGAUCGCCAAUCACCGCG